UUAUAUUCUUCUUUUAAAAAUCAAAAUCUUUUCUUCUUCUACCAUCUCCACAAACUUCAAUAUCUCUCGCUCAAGAAUAAAUAAAACCCACAAAACUAAAUUAAAUUUGCAGAAAAAAAUAAGAAGAAGAAGAGGCAUGAAUGGUGAAGAAAGCUUCGUUGAAGAUUGCUCUGAGUAUGUUGAAAUUGAUCCUUCUGGAAGAUAUGGAAGAUACGAUGAAGUACUUGGCAAAGGUGCUUCGAAGACAGUAGCGUUUGAUGAGUACGAAGGUAUAGAAGUGGCAUGGAACCAAGUCAAGCUUAGGAACUUCACUAGGAAUCCUGAGGAACUAGAGAAAUUCUUCAGAGAGAUUCAUCUGCUCAAGACUUUAAAUCAUCAAAAUAUCAUGAAGUUCUACACUUCUUGGGUCGAUACCAACAAUCUUGCAAUCAACUUUGUAACUGAACUCUUCACCUCUGGUACUCUCAGACAGUAUAGGUUGAGACAUAGGAGAGUGAAUAUUAAAGCAGUGAAGCAAUGGUGCAAACAGAUUCUAAAAGGGCUUCUCUAUCUCCACAGCUGUUCUCCUCCAAUCAUCCAUAGAGAUCUCAAAUGUGACAACAUCUUCAUCAAUGGUAACCAAGGUGAAGUCAAGAUAGGUGACCUUGGACUCGCUGCCAUUCUUCGUAAAUCACAUGCCGUUCGCUGUGUUGGAACCCCUGAGUUCAUGGCUCCUGAAGUGUACGAUGAAGAAUAUAAUGAGCUGGUUGAUGUAUAUGCUUUUGGAAUGUGUGUACUAGAGAUGGUCACAUUUGAUUACCCUUACAGUGAAUGCACUCACCCUGCUCAAAUCUACAAGAAAGUUACCUCGGGGAAGAAGCCUGAAGCGUUUUACUUAGUGAAAGACCCUGAGGUACGCGAGUUUGUUGAGAAGUGUUUAGCUACUGUGACGUCUAGACUCACUGCUUUAGAGCUCUUACAAGACCCUUUCUUACAAGAUGAUGUGGAUGAGUUCUACAUGAGACCAACUGAUUACUACAAUGGUUAUGAUGAGUUCCUUAGACAGCCUCUCAUCGACCACCCUCCUCUUUACCAUGAUGAGUCACAGAUAUGUGAGAUCGAUCUUUUCGCUCAAGAUGAUGAGGAAGAGUCCGACCAUGUUGACAUUUCGAUUAAAGGGAAGAGAAACGGUAGUGAUGGGAUCUUCUUGAGGCUAAGAAUCUCUGAUGCAGAAGGAAGGGUGAGGAACAUUUACUUCCCGUUUGAGACAGAUACCGACACUGCGUGGAGUGUAGCAGCUGAGAUGGUGUCUGAACUCGAGAUAACGAAUCAAGAUGUUGCGAAAAUCGCGGAGACGAUCGAUGCGGAGAUUGCUGCAUUGGUUCCUGACUGGAAAGUUAAUAACAACGUGCGCAACAGCAACAACGAGGCAGGAGAGAAGUCUCACCAUUACCAUCAUCAGUUCGAAUGUUCUGACGACAGAAGCUGUUCUUCUGUUCACGGUAGGUUCGAGGAGAUAAGUUACCAAGCGGAAGGACAAGAACAAGGAAGUGGUGAUGUUGUUGUUGUCUCUGGAGAAGGUAAUAACAACAGGAUUCAUUGCGCGGAUAUAUGGGGUCUGAGAGAUUCACGUUCUGAUGGUGGAGGAGAAGAAGAGAGCUCGUUGAAGCCAAGGAGGAAGGUGGAAGGGGAGUGGUGGCCGGAGAAUGAAAUAAGGAGAGAGUUGAGAUGGCUUAAGGCAAGGCAUAAGAGGGUUAGAGAUCAUCAAACCAUCUGUGAGAAACCAAGUUCAGCUUCGCCGCCUCUUCUUUAUAGGGCGUUCUCACUUCCCGUUGACGCCGUGGAUAUAUGAGAUUGUAAAUUCUAGUUACUAUAUUUUUAUCUUGUAACACUUUUAAAUUUUGUUAUUAAUCUUUGGUUAAGUAUCCUUCAAACAUUGCCUGAACUGGAGUCAGAUCAGGAGUCUCUUCAUGUUAUUAAAUCUUCGUUAA